CGGGCCGGCGCCGCAGUCCGCGCGAGGCGCCGCCGCCGGCUCGUUGUCUGCGCCAGUCCCACGCUCCGAGCCCCGCGACCACGCGAUCAUUGUCUUUGUUUAUUAUCAGACGCAGCCUCGUACUCUGCAACAGCUGUUCCGCGAGCUGACUUCACAUUGUGUUCAGUUUAAGUGGUGUGUGUGCGCCUAGUGUUGUGUGAUCAGGUGAUCAGCUGUGAGCUCAGUUAGUGUGGAGCAUCCCAUGAACCCGUGAGGUGUCGGUGCGCGCCCCGCCCGGCCCGGCCAUGGCGGCCACCGCGCGCCGGGAGCUCGACACGGGCGAGGAGGACAUCGCCGCCAUCGCCAAACAGAUCUCCGACCACGCCGAGGCCAUCUACCAGACGUGGAAAGCGCGCGGCCUCGCGCCCACCGAGAUCCUCUCCUGCAGGCCCGCGCCCGGCAUCAAGCUCUCGGAGAACAUUCGGGCGAAGCCCAAGCCGGAACCUAAACCCGAUCUCAAACAGAGACCGGAAAUCAGAAGAGAUCCGAGGCCGGAACAGCGCGUAGAGGCGCGCCGGGAGCCGAGACCCGAGGGCCGCCGGGAGCAGAGAGUGGAGCCCGAGGAGGGCGAGACCAUAGAGGUGAUCCUGCCGCCGGACCUGGUGCCGGAGCGCGGCGGCGGCGGGGCGGCGCGGCGGGACCCGGCCGCCAUGCGCCUGGAGCUGGCGCGCGAGGAGGAGCGGCUGCUGCGCGCGCUGCGCACGGGCGGCGUGGUGGCCGAGCGCACGGCCGAGCGCCCCGACGUGGUGCCGGCGCUGUCGCUCGUCGACUACGCCAAAAGUCGCUACCAGGACCGGCUGGACGGCGGCGCCCGCAAGCCCGCCAGCGGCAGCAGCAGCAGCGGAGGCGGCGGGGAGCGGCGCUCCUCGCUGGGCUCGCACGUGACGGAGGCCCGCUCCAAGUUCGAGGCACGCGCGCGGCGCGCGUCCAGCGCGGGCGCCGGCGAGCCCGCGGCGGCGGCGGCGGCGGCCGGGGGCGCCGCGCCCGUCAGACCCUUCCUCACGCGAGGCUCGGUCGCCGAGAGAGUACUCAUGUUUGAGAAGUGUCCCAGUGAAGCUACUCUAGAACUUGCCAAACGAAAGGUGCCAGCUGCGACCACGUGGCGAGGACCACACGAUGUCAUCAACAGAGCACAGAGCUAUGCGGCAUCAGCGCCCCCGAAGCCGCAGUCGGCGCCCCCGCACACGACGCUGCAGCGCUCCGUGCGGGGGGCGGCGGACCGCGGCGCCCCCGCGCGCGUCAUCCCCCGCUUCCACUUCCCCAAGGGCCGGCCGCCCCCCGGACACCAGCAGGAUCACGCGGUGCACAAAGUGCAGUCCGCGUUUGCCACCUUCCCUAAUAGUCAGGUGCCGCGGGAGAGCUUCAAGCACAUCGUGAAGGCGUGCGAGUGCCCGCUCUACUGGAAGAUGCCGCUGUUCCUGUGCACGCAGCCGUCGCUGCACGCGCCCGUCGACGGACACAAGUUCAUAGACUUCUGGAGAGAAAUGACGUCGCAAUGCCACGACCAGGCGUCCCGCUUCGUGUACAUCCUGACCCGCGGCAAGGCGGACACGCUCGCGCCCGAGGACUUCGUGCCGCUGGUGCAGGACGUGGUGGACACGCACCCCGGCCUGUCCUUCCUCAAGGAGGCCACCGAGUUCCACUCCAGAUACGUACAUACUGUGAUCGCUAGGAUAUUCUACUGCGUGAACCGCUCGUGGUCGGGGCGCAUCUCGCUGCCGGAGCUGCGGCGCUCCUCGCUGCUGCAGGUCAUCCAGCUGCUGGAGGACGAGGAGGACAUCAACCAGGUCACGCAGUUCUUUAGCUACGAACAUUUCUACGUGAUAUACUGCAAGUUCUGGGAGCUGGACCGCGACCACGACCUGUUCAUCGACCGACAUGACCUCGCGCGGCACAACGACCACGCGCUAUCCUCGCGCAUGAUCGAGCGGGUGCUCUCCGGCUGCGUGACGCGAGGGAACCAGAACCGCCUGACGCCGGACGGGGAGCCCCGGAUGUCGUACACCGAGUUCGUCUGGUUCCUGCUGGCUGAGGAGGACAAGCAGCAUCCUACUGCGAUAGAGUAUUGGUUCAGGUGCAUGGACAUAGACGGCGACGGGUACUUGUCCAUGUACGAGCUGGAGUACUUCUACGAGGAGCAGAUGACGCGCAUGGAGGCCAUCGGCAUCGAGACGCUGCCCUUCACCGACUGCUUGUGCCAGAUGCUGGACAUGGUGCACCCGGCCGUGGACGGGCGCAUCACCCUCACGGACCUGCGCCGCUGCAAGCUCACGCCGAUCUUCUUCGACACGUUCUUCAACCUGGAGAAGUACCUGGACCACGAGCAGCGCGACCCCUUCGCGACCCAGCGGGACUCCGACUGCGAGAUGUCGGAGUGGGACCGGUUCGCAGCCGAGGAAUACGAGCUACUGGUGGCUGAAGAGGGCGGCAGCGACGCACAGGACCAAAUCUCGUACGAUGAGGACGAGGAGUGCCUGUCGCCCAACGUGGAUGACGUCACGCACACCGACACCGUGGACGAGUCCAGCGUGGAGGAGUCCACGCUGAGCGACGCCGCCCCCCGCGCGCACUCCGCCCCCGCCGCCCCCGCCGCCGCGCGCAACCACGUCACCACGCACACGCCCGGCUACGUCAACCUGCGCUCCAUCUACUCCAUCGGCUCCAACGGACACGACGCAGACAAGAACGGCUACCCGGAGAAAAAAGCACUUCCUGAGAAGCCGGUGCCUCCAGAGAAGCCCGUGAGCCUCAUGAUGAUGAACGAGAAAGCGGAGCGCGGCGCGGCGCCCGGCAACAACAGCUUCCUGUACUCGCAGCUGCUGGCCGGCCGCCGCGACCCGCCGCCCUACGCCGCCGCCGCCGCCGCGCUCUUCGACAGCCACGACGCCAAGCGCGACGCCACCUCCCCGAGCAAGGCCAAGUCGCCCUUCUCCAGCCCCGUCAACGGAAUGAACAAGAUCUCGGACAACUACGAGCGCGCGGUGGCGGAGCGGCUGAGCCCUGCGCGCUCGCCGGCGCGCGGCGUGUUCAGCCAGGUGCACACGGGCGUGGUGGGGGGCGCGGGGGGCCGGAGGCGUCGCGACGACGACGACGACGACUACGCGCGCGACAGCGACGAGUGCUCCAUAUAGACGCGCCGCUGCUGCCGCGCGCAGUGACGUCACACCCGGACUAUCGAACGUACAGUGAACACCAAAGAUCACGCUAGUAUGUGCAAUUCGUAACGGUACUAAAGACUUCUUAGCCGCGGUUUUUAAUUUAUGGACAUUUGAAAUAGAGAAACUAUUUUUGCAUCGUGUCCUAGUGAGUGGUGCGUGCCUUGGACGGUCGCUGCAUGGUGGCCGCGGGGGCGAGCGGGACCUCAGAGCGAGACGACACUAUUCUUGUAACAUUUAGAGACUAGUUCCAGCAUUUUUAUUUACUGUUCAUUUUAAGGCGUUUUGUUACUAAUUGUACAUACCUAAUUAGCCAGUAAACUUUGUCUCAAAUGUCGCAGGCAUAUCAAUAAUAUCUGACCUUGUUUUACUGUUUGUUGUGAUCUAUUUAUAAAUUUAUUUGAACUCAUAUUCUUUAUAGUUCUAUCGAACUAUAUCCGUCACGAACUCAUAUCAUUGUAAUCACUUGCCAUCCAUGGAACAAAAUUAAUAGAUAUUUAUGAAAUAUUUGUUCACCUCAUCAUUAUUAUGUCUACCUAUUAUUGAAAUCUGUGGUAAUACUUAUACAUUACAGUAUAAAUAUCUCGUGCACUUAAAUUCCCAAAAAAUAACGUUACCUUUGUGCUAACGUGCAUUUUGAAUAAAAAAUAAUAUUUUUUUACUCAGUGGACAGAUAAAUCAGAAAACACGCACAGAAAUACAUAUUAGGAAAUAUUUUUGAUAAAGGGCUAAAGUAGUGUUACUAUUAGAUAUUUAACGACUCGAAUUGAUUUAUUCGGUAUAACUUACAAUAACAUCAAGUUUUAAAUAUGGCGCAGUGGUUAAGUAGUUUUAAAGUUAGUUAAAAGUGUAAAUUUGCUUUUAGACAAGGCUAGUUAGACCUAACUAUCUUACACUCUAGUCUACGGGUGCUGGUUUAGAAAGAUACCAAUUUUUCCUCAUAAUUUGUUGUCUCUUGCGAUAUUGAGUACCUACACUUAUUAAUGAAUUUAAAAUUAAUACUAAAAUAAAACGAUUAGUGCAUGUUUUAAUAUAUUUAAAUGUAUGAUGUUACAUGCAUAUAAAAACCAUUGUCUCUUGUGCCUCUAGUUUUUUUUAAAUCUGAUAACUCUAAUUAUAAUUAUACUUACUGUUGUUCAAGUUGGUUUAGUUUACGUAAUUUUAAGGCUAGUCAUUUCUUCCAAGUGCUCUCGCAAGGGGAGGUGGAGCUUACACUACUUUUAAUAUUUUAUUUACAUUUUACAAUGUGCGAUGGCCCACUAACACUUACCAAGUAUUAACCAAAAUAAUUGUUUAGACCUUAACAAAUUUUAAGUAUGUUGUUAUUAAAACUUAAUUUUAUCAAAAUUACUUAUACUACGGUAUGUUUAAAUACCUUUAAUUUUUAAUGUUACGUGUUUUAAUUAUUAGCUAUAAGUUAAAUUAAUGUUUGAUAAUUUAGAGGGUACUUUUUAGUCUUACGUAGUUACCGAAUUUUACCUAGAGUUUGAUUAAAUUAGACUAUUGUUCAUAUCUAUAACAAUUUUACUAUUAAAAUAAAACAAUUAUACCUAUAUCUUUGACCAGUGUAGACCUGUAUUAAGUGUUUUGUGUGUAGGUGAGGUGUAGGUAUGAAGUCCUUUAAUGGCACGACCACACGACUCAUGGAAUCUAUCGAGUAAAAUCUGAAAAAUGAAAGAAAACAACUUGACAUUACACCAUCGUAUAAUCUUGCAUUUUUUAUUUAUAUUGCAAGUGUUUGAGUAGCUGAUGGCGCCUUAUAAAUUCGAAUCAAGCUACGGCUAAAGAAUAUAAAAUAUAAUAUCUAAAAUUAAUUUUACUUUCAACAAAAAUAUGUGCGUAUGGCCAUUAUUUAAAGCAUAAGGAUCCUGAUAUCCUGUGCACGUGUUAGUUGUGAUGUAUACCUACCUAAUUCCAGUGUGUUUCAGUUUUGAUUAAUAUACCUGUUUUAAAAACCGAUUUAUUACUUAAUUAAAUACUUAUUGACUUAACUUUGAUUGUAGAUACACUGAAAGAGCCACUAGUAGUAUGGGAUGUAUACUGUACGUAACUACCUAAUCAAGGCCUCAUUUUAAAUUAACGGCAAUACUUAGUUAAAAUUUUAUUUCUUGUUAAGUAUGUAAACUAACUUCCUAUAUUCGUUUAAUAAUAAACAGAUAAGUAGGUAACUCAUGUAGACUCAUAGAGACAUGCCUAUUAGUGCGACUGGUACCUUUUGGUUUUCAUUGCGCCGUCGCGGCAUAUGUAUAGCAAAUUGUAAGAUUUUUUACAAGUAUUAGCAAUGAUUAGAGGUACCUAUUGUUAAGUAUCCUAAUAAAGUACAUUAUUGUAUUUA